AGUCAAACCAGGAUGUGCCCAACUAAUAGUAUCGCAGCUGGCUAGCAAGCGAAAAGAAGAAAUCGAGCUAUGAUUUUCCUGUCGACGUCGUCUUCCACGCACAACAAUGUAGACGUCGGGUUCAAAUUUGCCAAUUAUGUACUUUAUUAAGGAUGAAUGGAAUGAAACAAACAUGGAUGCAAGGAUCUGCAUUACUGCUGCUGAUUGUUGUUAGACUGGAUUUGGCUCGUCGGCUGUGCCUCUGGUCACAGCCCCCCAAAAGAAAGAAGAGAAAACCGAUCUUUCGCUCGCCUCUCUGGUGCUUUUGGUUAGUUGUUUGUGUGAUGCGUGUGAUGAGAUCCAUCAUCAAUGACGACGGCAUCGGUGGAAAUCCAAUCCACCACAGGCAGUAGCCGAAAGGACAAAGAUCAAAAAGGCGGCACCGAGUCCCAUCAUGAUACGACAACGUAUCUGUUUCCAGUACAUGGUUCGUCGUAGACUACGACUGGACGCUUCGAAUCGAAAGGCUUGCUGGUUGAGUCGAUCGGUGCGUUCGACCAACAAUUCCAACUUUUCUCCUCGUUCCAAGACUCGUUCAAUGUUUUGCACCAUGACUCCCUUGACAUCGUCAAUUUGACUCUUGACGGCACCCAGACUAUCAAUGGUUCGAUCGGCUUCUUCGGAAUUGAAGAAAUCCAUGCGUUCUUGAAUGACACGGGCGAAUUCAUCAUUAUAAGCAAAGGCAAUGGCAUGCUGCGGGUCGUCGCGUCCGUAGGUUCCAAAGAAGCGGUCUUUCAUGUCGUUCAAAAAGGCGUAGGGGAUGCGGUGUUUGUUGAGUUCGUCCGACAUGCAGAGAAAACAGAUUCCCGCUUCUACAACGUAAUGAAAGAGAAAGUCAUCAUAGACAUAUGUUUGACGACCAUCUUCCGAUGGAAUCUUGGACAACAAGACUCGUGUGACGGUAGGAAAGUUGCCAGUGGCGCUUUGAGCCGUGUAUUCGGCAAGGACUGUCUUUUCCCUCGAAACGAGGGCGUACACGAUGGUCAUCUUGUUGUUGUUGUUACUACCUUUGGUUCGUGUUGCUACUGUUGUUUGUGGGUUGUCGUCUGCUAGCUAGUAGUGAGUAGCUAUAGUCGGUCGUGAGCAGCGGGACUUUCUUUGUCGGCUUCUUCUUGGGUUUUGGUGGCGUUGAUGUGUUGAUGCUGGUCUUCUGUUGCGAGGUGCCUGCUGCUGAAAGAGUGUGACUGGCGGUUACAAGACCAAGGCAAGUCCCGUUUGGUAACUCAAGUUUUUUCGUUAGCGCUAACCUUAUAACCAAUGACGUAGUUCGGGGCUCGGGGGACCGUCAAUUAAUUCUUGCCUUGCACCUUCCGUGCCGUUUUGUACCGAGCUUCCGAGCCUCACAGUUCGUUCCGAUCAAUCAAGUGAUGAGGCCAAACAGCUGCCAAACCCAACCCCCACUCUCAUUCAUUGGAUCCGGCAAACUGCAGCAGCUCUUGUCCUCCUAUCACAGCAUCGACCCAGCUACGAGAGCUACUAGCUAGUAGCCACCAAAGUCCCACACAUACUUGUAGCAUCUAACAACAAGUAUACAGUACCAUGCCCCCUGCCGUAGUGUCAGCGGCGGAACGAAGAAAGCUUGGUGAGAACGAGGAUAUGCAUUGUCGAGGAGGGCGAGCCCAAGCGGAGAGUUUGUUGGGUCAAGCCUUGCAGCUUCCGAGUUUGGGCAGUCAAAACUACCAAAGCAAUCACGGCGAAGACGAAGACAAUGAAGGAGUAUUUUCCUAUGAAAGCCUGACGCCCACAUUUGCCACACGGAAACGAUCCUCCGAUGGAAAUCGGACUCCCAUCAAAACCAAUUUCAGCCAUCGCCCUCAUCACACUGCCAACAACAACAACAAUCAUCAGCACACGAAUCACAAUGGAAGACCGCUCAAUCAUCGAAACCUCCAUAACAGCAUGUCUUCUGCGUCCACUCGAUUAGUCGAUAAUCGAGGCAUGAUCCAUAACAGUAGUGGCAAUGUCAGUGGUGCCAGUUCUUCCCAAGAUCCACUUUGCAUGAGCAAUCGCAGUCUACAAUCGGAGGAUUUCCCGCCUGUGAUCCCACAAUCCGUCGACACUGUACCCACUAGCAACGUUGCCAACCACGCUACGUACCAACAGUACAAACGAGCAGCAGGAGGAGGAGUCUCACAGAUUCUCAAUGGCGCAACCACCAAACUCCUCAGCAAUUCACCACUCACUGACAAACAACAACGCAUGUCGGUAUCUCCUCCCUCCAAUUUGAUUAUGCAACAUCAAACUGAAAACAAUAAUAACAACAAUAUUCAAGCUGGCAGACGCACAGUCUUUGGAAGUCGUGUCCAACGAAAAUAUCCAGCAUAUGGGAGACCCGUGUUUAACCCGCCGCCACCACCCGAUCCAGCUCCUUUUUACAAUAUCCUCUAUACGGGAGAACAACAAGUCACGUUCCAAAAAGCCGAACAGCAACCUCCCGAUUGGGAAAUCUUGCCGUCGUCACCCCGACCCGUACGAAAUUCAUUCGUCAAACAACAACAAGAGCUAUCCGCACAAAUUCCAUUGUCCAUGGUCGUAACUACGACAACUACUACCAGCACUACCACUACUGAAAGCUCCGAUUCCAGUCGAUAUCAUCAUGCGCAAGGUACAACAUGUAGUACAACAAUACCGAUACCCAUCAGCAACAACCGCGAAAGUAGUGAUAUCACCAUGUCGCCACCACCCUCUCCAUCCAGGACGACACGACAAUCUGCGCCCAAGACGCCCACCGAUCUAGUGUCUCCACUCAAAUCACCACCCGUCCUCUAUCACACCAACACUGCCAUGACAACCCAGCGCAAACCGUCGUCACGAAAACGAAAAUCAUCCCGCAAAGCAGCCGACAACGCUAGUACCAGUGCCAGAUCCAUUUCCAUUCACGAAACGGUACAUGCCCAAUCCUUAUUACUCGGAUUGUGUUUCAUGGCCAUUUGGUCACCCAACAAUGUCAUGGCGCCCAAUCUGACACAAGUCGCCAAAUUCUAUCACAUGAACGAAAAUGAACGCGACCUUUACCUGGGAUCCUUUCUCGCAUUGGCCACUGGUGUCUGUAGUUUUCCAUUAUCGGCAUUUAUUGGGAUUCUCACGGAUUUGUAUCCGCGCAAAAUACUAUUUGUGGCAACCGCCAUGGGAGGUGCCAUGGCCAGUGCCGCCACGGGUCUCAGUCCGACGUAUCCCUAUCUAUUAUUGGCACGAUUCUUUUCCGGUGGAUUCAUGAGUGCCAGUGUCAGUGUGGCAUUCUCCCUCAUGGGGGACCUAUUUGCCACGGAAGAACGCAAUGCCGCCAGUAGUGGAUUAACCGCCAUGAUGGGGUUGGGAAUUAUAUUGGGACAAGUCUACGCCGGGACGAUUGCUAAUGAAAAGGGAUGGCAACAUGCCUUUUAUGUGAGUAGUGUCGCCACGGUCGUGCUGGGAUUGUGUGUCGCUCUCUUGGUGCAAGAACCCGUGCGCGGUGGCAAAGAAAAAGUGCUGCAAGACAUGCUCAAGCAAGGAAAACGAUACGACCGGAAACUGACGUGGGAAGGAUUUUGGAAUGCCAUGCGCAACAAUCGAUCCAAUCGAAUCAUUAUUAUUCAAGGAUUCUUCACCAAUAUCCCUUGGGGGAUCAUUUUUGUAUUCUUGAAUGAUUAUUUGAGUCAAGAACGAGGAUUUAGUGUCACGGAUGCGACAUUUAUUGUGCUGGUGUUUGGAAUUGGAUGUGCCGCGGGCGGUAUUGUCGGAGGAGCCAUGGGUGCUGCAGUGCAGGCAUUCAGACGGUCGUUUCUUCCUCUGUUCAUGGCGGGGACCACCAUUCUGGGUAUAUUUCCCUAUCUGGCUCUACUCAAUGGACACACAACCAAUGCGCAUGGGUAUUGGGCCAUGACGUACUCCUUCAUGGCAGGAUGUAUCGCCAAUCUGCCAUCCGUCAAUGUUCGACCCUGUCUGAUCAAUGUGAAUCCACCGGAAACGCGAGGAGCGAGUCUCACAGCCGCCAAUCUAAUCAUCAAUUUUGCUCGCGGUGUGGGUCCUUCAUUUAUCACUCUCUUGGGUUCCACCUUUGAUUUGUCACGACAAGCGAGUUUCAACAUUACACUGACGGCCUUUUGGCUUGUCAGUGCCCUCCAACUCUGCUUGCUGGCGCAAUAUUUGCCACAGGAUCAGGACAAGAUGGAGGCCGAUCUCGCGCAUUAUGCGGCGUCUGCAAUGGCAACGACCCCUGCUGCUCCAAACACUCCUGGCGACAGAUCGUAUGGUUCCGCAUCGAUGGAUGACUAUUCACUGGAUCACCCCGAGUCCGGUAGAUCGCUGGACGAAGUUUCCCUGGUUAGUAUCGAAGACCGUAUCACAUCAUUUGAUGGUACAGCAGCUCGUGAGUCCAUUUCGUUUUUAAAGAAGGGUGUGAAGGAGCUGAACAUAAGUGGACACUUUUGUGUUUCGCCUUAUCGGCAACGGCAGCGCUGGUACGAUGAGGAGGAGGAAGACGACUCCGGCGACGAUGAGGAGGAGAAUCAAAGAGAGGAGGCACUCAAACAUCUCACUUCUAGGAGUGCAGGCGACGAUGCCCUGAGCCCGGUGGACUUGCUAAAACGGCGUGAUUUGUGGAAACAACAGCAACUGUUGCUUUAUGGCUCUGCUGCUGGUGAUCAAACUGAAGGACCUCAGGAAGUGGACGGAACAAGCAGCCUAGACGAACAACUGCCUGCCAAUGAAAGCACCAGACUUCUGGUAUGAGUUGGGGGGCUCCCUAUUACACUACACUUCCGCCAUACCUUUUCUUUGCGGAAGGCAAUCCGACUGUUCCUACCUUGUUUGGGGUCCGUCACGGCGUUUCUCUUCCCUCAGCUAGCUAGAGUUCGCCGAAACAAUCAGUGCAAACAAAUGAUACAAGGAAAGUCGUUGCUCCAUGCCGGCAAGCUAGAUUCGAGAGUUAAGCUAGUUUACCGUGCAGAAUGUCUACGGUGAUCACUCUUGAGCAACCUUGGCGCAAGAGUCCAUAAAAUCCAAUAAGAAGAUCCAAUCAUCUUAUUCUCCUUUCUUCAUCUGUUCCGUCUACUUUAAUUCGACUCCUUUUUCUCAUCAUCUUUGGCAACCUUGACUUCAUCCGGAUGUUCCUGAUAAUAUUUCUUGGCAAUCUCUAGUUCUUGUUGAAUGCGUUCGAGGUCGGCUUCAAUGUCCGCCACUUGGCGUGGUUUGCCCUCCACGGAAUCGGUAAUGGACUCUGUCAUGUCGAGUUCGUAGGGCUUGUUUUCGUUCAACCCAACAAACUUGUCCAAUAGUUUUCGGAUCUGUUUCCCAAGGGCAUUGCCCACCCAACUAUCCUUGGUCUUUUUCUUGUCCUUUUCAGCCUCUUCCUUGUACUCACUGGGACCAAAUGCCAUCAACACGUUUUCCACAACCUCAUCUAACGAUCCUUCUUCCGCUAGAUCCAUCUCAAAAAAGUCACCCUUGCCUCGGUCGGCAUUGAUGUGGACAUGGGGUGUUAGGUUGGGUCUUCCCAGGAGGGCAGCAUAGACUUUGGUGUAGACAUGCUUUUUGGUGGAUGGCGGUUGGAUAAUCUGCUCGUUGAGGACAAUCCAGAGACGCAGUUUGGGAAUGUGCAACUCAAAAUAAGCAUCGUCUCCAAUGUUCUUUCCUCCACAGCCCACUUCUAGAUUGAUCUUUUUGCCAAACGUACUGACAGUAGGAAAUGCAAAUUCAAUUCCUUUGCCCAACAGAAUGGUCAGCGUCAAGGCGCUGAUAUCCAAGACGGUCAUGCGUUGAUUCUUCAUCAAGUGGGCAUAACGAUUUGCUUCUGGCCAUGCAAACUUGGGCAUUUUCUCCAUAUCACUCUUGAGCGUGUCAGGGUCUACCAAUGCCAUGCUCGUCAACUUGAGCUGAAUAUCCUGCAAAACCGGGGCCUUGUCGCCUUCCUUGAGCGGCUCUUCGUUCAAAAGAACCGUUUGUCCCGGAUCAUCAAUCAUAGACUGACUGACUUGUUUGCAAAUGAGGGGGAUCACCAUGGGCACCAAAGCCUGCAACAGAGCGGCGGUUCCAGCAGCUUCGGCAGAAGAGGGAUCUGUGCCUCUCAGGGCAGGAUUCGUCUCGGUCAUGGUUCCAAGUGAAUGCUGAUCAAGAUAUAUCUGCUGGAGUUAGUUCUAUUAAUAUCGGACGAUGAAAUAGUAGAAGCAGCAUACCGGUAG